CCGUAAUUCUCUUUAUGCAUUUAAAAAUAAAUAAAUAAAAUUAAAGUAAAUUGAAAAAUGCAAAUUUACUCCGUCCUCCUUCCUCAGUACGCUAGUUCCCGGAAAUCCAAAAUCGUCUGUAUAAAAGAAUUAGGGUUUUUCAAAAUCCCCGCCAUUAUCGAGUAACUUUUCACUCCGGCGAAUGGCGAAAGAAGACGAGAUCUCGACUCCUUCUCUGGCCUCGAAGCCCGUCUCCAGCCCGAACCCCGCCCAGAAAACUCCUUCUCUCCCCCAGUCGAAGCCUCCUGAGGAAGUCAACAACGUUGGCAACAACAAUUCACCUGCUUCGCGAAAUGUGAAGAGUUCAGUAGACUUCGUACGGUCCGUCGCCGAGAAAAUCGCCGCCAAGCCGUUUCAGUAUUCCGAUCCAGACGUCUGGGGCGUGCUCACCUCGAUUACUGAGAAGGCCCGCAAGCGCCACCAGGGCAUGAAUAUGCUUCUGACUAAUAAUGAACACACCAUUGGUCGGAUGGUUGACGAUGAUCGUUUCCAGAUCGUUUCACCUGCAGUUAGUGCCCAGCAUUGCAAGAUUUAUCGGAGGAGGGUUGCUACUGGAGAUACAGAACAAGAGUCAGACAACUGCUUUUCUAUCUUCUUGAAAGAUUCUAGUACAAAUGGAACUUACUUAAACUGGGAUAAGUUAACUAAGACUAGUUCUGAAGCGAAGCUACGCCAUGGAGACAUUAUCUCGAUCGCUUUUGCUCCUCAACAUGAACAUGCAUUUGCAUUUGUAUUUCGGGAAGUUCAAAAAUCCUCUCGUGUAAGUGAUUGCAGUUCUCUGAAGCGAAAACCAGAGGAAUAUGGUGCUGAUAGCAAGAGGUUGAAAGGAAUCGGUUUAGGAGCUUCUGAUGGUCCAAUCUCUCUUGAUGAUUUUCGGAGUCUUCAAAGAUCAAAUACGGAACUCAGGAAACACUUGGAAAAUGAAGUUGCCACUGUUGAAUCAUUGCGCGCUGAAAAUCGUGCAGCCGUUGAGAAACAUGAAAAUGAACUGAAGGAGUUGAGAGAGUCAGUUGCAAAAUCUUAUGAAGAUCAGCUCAGUCAGUUGAACCACCAUUUGGAGGCGAAAGAUAAGGAACUAGCGGAGCUAAAUAAAAUAUCAGCGGAGCAAAAACAUGGGAUUGAAGACCUUAAUGAACGACUCGGUGCAUCUAUACAGUCAUGCCUUGAAGCCAAUGAAAUAAUUAAUAGCCAGAAGGCCUCUAUAUCAGAACUGAAAGGUCUAUUAGAGGAAGAGCGUGAUCAGAGGAGAGAAGAGAGAGAGAAAGCUUCUCUGGAUAUGAAAGUGGCAUUACAGAAAGUUCAAGCUGAGGCUGCAGAGGAAAUAAAACGAGUCUCAGAUGGUGCUUCGAGACGGGAGAAGGAACAACAAGAAAUGAUAAAUAAGCUCCAGGAGGCGGACAAGGAAAGGUGCUCAUUGAUGGAAACAUUGAGAUCCAAACUGGAAGAUACAAGACAAAAAUUGGUCAACUCUGAUUAUAAAGUGCGUCAGUUGGAAGGUCAAAUGCGUGAGGAGCAGCAAGGUUUCACUACUACUCAAAAAAGGGUUGAAGAACUGGAACAUGAAAUAAAAAGACUGAGGAAAGAACUUGAGCGUGAAAAGGCAGCUCGGGAAGAAGCUUGGGCAAAGGUGUCUGCUCUUGAGCUUGAGAUCAGUGCUGCAGUGCGGGAUCUUGAUUUUGAGAGACGCAGGCUCAAAGCUGCCAGGGAGAGAAUUAUGCUCCGUGAAACUCAGCUUCGGGCCUUCUACUCCACCACAGAGGAAAUAUCCGUCCUGUUUGCAAAACAGCAAGAGCAGCUCAAGUCAAUGCAGAGGACACUCGAAGACGAGGAGAAUUACGAGACCACAUCUACCGACUUCGAUGGCAACAGAAACCACCGCUCGUCUGCCGGAGAUGAGGAGGAGGAGGCUCGUCAGAGCAACACAACCGCCAAGGGCCGAGACGAGUCGUCGAGCGACGAGGCAAGCGUGACCGAGAAGCACGAAUGCAACAAUGUCCAGAGCCAGGGCGAAAACGGGCCCAACACGCAAGAGGUAGAGUUUGUGGGCCCAUUAUUGGAGGAUGGUAAGGGCGCGUUUGGCUCCGACAUCAACGGCGUCGGCACGCAACCCGAACUCUCCCAUGGGGAUUUGAUCGGAACCGAGCAAAUUCCCGAGACGGAGGGCGGGUGCCCAGCUGAGACCGAGCGCGUUAUGGAGACUGAGAGUCAAAACGCGAGGCAUCUUAAUUCAAAUAGCACGAUGCACACAGAUAACAAUAAGAAGAAUAUUGAUGAGGAUAAUGGGAACAAAAAUCGUUCCCAAUCAAGCAGCCCGGUUGAAGCUGGAGACACGAUGGAGGAAGAAACUGAGGAGGGUGGAACUAUUAAAACGAACGACCUUUUGGCUUCGGAAAUUGCCGGAAGCUGGGCCUGCAGCACGGCCCCCUCGGUUCAUGGAGAGAACGAGUAUCCUCAUUCACCCACACACGAUUCGAGUAGCUUGGUGGCCGAGAGUCAACACAUACCAUUGACCAAGUCGGGGGGUGAUGUUGACCGAAUGAGCCACGAGAGGCGGGCGUUGAGCGAGAUGAUUGGUAUUGUUGCGCCUGAUCUGAGGGAGCAGUUCAGCCUUGCUGUGGGGCCUGAAGAGGGGGUGGCAUCCGACUCGGAAUCCAAGGGGUGUAAUGAGGAUGACGAUGACGUGGACAAUGAGGGUCGGGAAUCAGGUUCGGAUGAUGAUGAGAGGUACGGUGAGAGAGUGAGGUCUGAGGAUAGAAUGGAGGAAGAUGAUGAUGAUGAUACUCAAGAAGAUUCGAUGGGGUGAAAAUGUGGAAAUUUUGGAAGUGGGGAAUGAAGUUCUCGUGCGUGUACGUGAGUGAUGUUUUUCUUUUUUUGUAACUGAGUUGAUGUUUUGUUUGUUUAUUUAUUGGUUAGUUGUUUUUACUUUUUUAUUUUUUUUAUUUUGGUUCGGUUUCCCUUUUUAGCUUGUAGAAAUGUGAAUAUUUCUUUGUGGAGACAGGAACAGCAAAGCUUUUGUACCGUUUGUUUUUAACCUGAAUAUUGGUCGUGAUUUGGUGUUCGAGGCGACGUGCCUAGAUUCUUGCUUUUCUUUUGAAGCAGUUGAAAAUCUGGUCAGACAUUUUUCCAAGUCGUGCAGGUAAUGGAAGCCCAUUUUCG